GAGGUGAGUAAUAAAUGGACAGAGAUGAGUAAUCAUGAAAUAGAGAUUAGUAAUCAUGGGAUUGAGAUGAUAAAUCAUUGGAUAAAGAUGAGUAAUUAUCGGAUAAAGGUGAGUAAUCAUUGGAUAAAGAUGAGUAAUUGUGGGAUAGAGAUGCGUAAUCAAAGGAUGGAGAUGAGUAAUCAUGGGAUAGAGAUGAGUAAUCAUGAAAUAGAGAUGAGUAAUCAUGAGAUAGAGAUGAGUAAUCAGUGGAUAGGGAUGAGUAAUCAUGAGAUAGAGAUGAGUAAUCAUGAGAUAGAGAUGAGUAAUCAAGGGAUAGAGAUGAGUAAUCAUGGAAAAGAUGAGUAA